AUGCCACGGAAGAACAGCAGGAAGAUCCAGGCUAUGCAGCAACAGAGGGGGAAGCAGCGACGAACUGAGGAGCAUCGCCUCACAAAACUUGAUGCCGAGGAGGUCAGCCUCGUUAAAAAUUGUGCGCAGGGGGAAGCUAACCUCCGUAACAAAUGCACCAACAAAACCAAUGAACAGGGGGAAGCUAACCUCCGUAACAAAUGCACAAACAAAACCAAUGAACAGGGGGAAGCUAACCUCCGUAACAAAUGCACGCAGAAACCAAAUGAACAGGGGGAAGGAAUGAGUAUUACCACUGGUGUAGAGCCACAUGACAAUCAGUCUGACAAUGCAAGUGAUACCAAUGACAAUGAUGAUGUAGUGCAUAUUGAUGAACUCGAAGACAACUCACAGGAUGUAGAGCCACAUGACAAUCAGUCUGACAGUGCAAGUGAUACAAAUGACAAUGAUGAUGUAGUGCAUAUUGAUGAACUCGAAGACAACUCACAGGAUGUAGAGCCACAUGACAAUCAGUCUGACAGUGCGAGUGAUACCAAUGAGAAUGAUGAUGUAGUACAUAUUGAUGAACUCGAAGACAACUCACAGGAUAGUAGUGUGGAAAUGUUUGAUAUUGACACAAAUGAGACUAGCCAUGAUCAAGGACAAACUAAAAAACCAAAGGGAAAGAUUGCACGAGCAAAAGCUAAAAGAGAAUAUAUGAGAGCCAAAAGAAAAUCAGAGAAAGAUAUGUCAGAAACAUUGAAUGUGAAACAGAGAAAGGUUGAUAAAGAGAAAGAAAAGUACAACAAUGACCCUGAAUUCAGAAACAGAAAGAAACUGCAAAGUUCAAACCAAUACAAAGAUGAUGAAGCACACAAGGAAUUUGUCAAAAUGUACAGUACUAACAAAUAUGCCACAGAUUCAAAACACAGGGAAGAUGUUAAAAUGUACAGCAGUCAGAAAUAUGCCACUGAUUCAAAACACAGGGAAGAUGUUAAAACGUACAGCAGUCAGAAAUAUGCCACUGAUUCAAAACACAGAGAAGAUGUUAAAACUCACAGCAGUCAGAAAUAUGCCACUGAUUCAAAACACAGAGAAGAUGUUAAAACUCACAGCAGUCAGAAAUAUGCCACUGAUUCAAAACACAGAGAAGAUGUUAAAACGUACAGCAGUCAGAAAUAUGCCACAGAUUCAAAACACAGAGAAGAUGUUAAAACGUACAGCAGUCAGAAAUAUGCCACAGAUUCAAAACACAGAGAAGAUGUUAAAACGUACAGCAGUCAGAAAUAUGCCACAGAUUCAAAACACAAGGAAGAUAUAAAGUCUUACAGCAGUCAGCAGUAUCGAAAAUUUGCAAAGCACAAGGAGGCUCUAAAAAAUCUCAGUUCAAAGAAAUAUGCAAAGGAUGAAAAGCACAGACAAAAUAAAAAGAACAACAGUAUUGAGAAAUAUGCAAAGGAUGAAAAGCACAGAGAAAAUGUAAAAACCAACAGUAUCGAGAAAUAUGCAAACGAUGAAAAGCACAGAGAAUCUGUUAAAUCAGCAAGCAUUGCCAAGGUCGCCUACAUUCCAUGA